AUGGGUUUCGGGAAGAGAGGUAGGACGGAAGUAUGCUGGCUACUCCGUAUCCUGGUGGAGGAGGAGGAGGAGGAGGAGGAGGAUGAGGAUGAGGAGGAGGAGGAGGAGGAGGAGGAGGAGGGGAAGGAGGAAAGUUGUGUUGGCUAUGCCACAGCCUCAGGUUUGUCCCAACUGGGUCGCUGGUCACACCCGAAUGCGCACGCAAAGACUACGGACUGUCUGUUUGUUUCGCUAACUGAAGUAGGGUUUUGCCAGUCAGUAAGCGUCCGCCGCAUACGCUACUGUUCAUCGAUCGAUUCCCAUCUUUUCGGCAUUUCUCUGACAUUUUUGUACAUGACGUCUAAGUCAACAUGCCGAUUACAGCAUGACUCAUCUGAGCGCAUGUGUGUUUAAGAUGUUCUCGAUCGUUUUGGUAGGGCAGACGCGGACGAUGCGAGUCCUGUCUCAUGCAAAGCCAUUGGAGCUAGCGCCACCAAGCAAAAAGACACCCUUCCGACCAAGGAAGCUUCAGAAUUGUACUAA